AACAGGCACAGCAAAUUAUUGUCUGUCUGUCGUCCUUCUUUGUCCAUGAACCCCAUCCUGUGGUUACCUAUGCUCCCAAUAGAACGUAGUCAACUCAUUAGAUGGCGGCUAGGCUGGCAACCUGGUGGUACUCGUAAACCUUGUCAAUGCAAAUCACACAAUCUAACAAAGAAACACAGUAUCCAUUGCCUGCGCAUCCAUUCUCAAUUACGCAUGUCACAAGACGUAGAUGACCCCAUCUCAUGUCUUCUCAAUCGGAUUCCCUCUCGACCGCCCAAGUUACUACACACACAGGCUUCUUGGCGAAUACAUUGGAUUACCGUCCGAAGAUUCCUCUAUAAAGUUGACAUGCUACAGUAUGGUGUUCCCUACGAUGAUUUAAUCCUACCUAAUCUAUCUUUAAACUCCCUUUUUCUUCUCUGGCUUAGCCAGCAUUCAUAA